AUGGCCAAAUGCACUAAGUGCACGGAGGCCGAAACCCGAUCCCAGGAGUUUGAGCUAGAAACUCAAGCUGCUCAAGCCCGAUCCCGCGAGCAUGUCCUACGAGCUGAGAUCGCUGAAGUCGCAGCGCGAGAUGCCAAUUCUCGCGCUGAAAAACUUGCGCUGGAACUGAGAGGCAGUAAGGCGCAAGGCUUCGAGGUUGAAAGGCGAUUUUUCGAGACUAGGCGACGAGCUGUCGAGGCGGAGCGUGGAAAGGCCGAGGCUGAGAGACGAGCUCUCGAGGCCGAGCGGCGCCUGAGUGUCUUGAGGAAUUUCAAUUUUUCAGCCCCAGGGCUUCAACCUUGA